UCUCUCUCUCUCUCCCCAUUUUCCUCUCUUAAUUUCUUUUCUAUAUUUCUACCACUUACUACUUCUUCUUAAUCCACACUUUAGUUAACCCAAAAAACACACUCUCUUUCUCUCUCUAUCUAUCUCUCUCUCACCGACAGUAUUAUUUUCCUCAAAAACACAAUGACAGAUCGAGUAUACCCCGCCGCCAAACCCGCCACCACCGCCAACGGAAACGGCGUAACCACCGCCAACCCAUCUUUCCCAGCCACAAAGGCCCAACUCUACGGCGCCUCUCGCCCAACCUACCGUCCUCAACCCCACCACCGCCGCACCCGCCGCCGUUGCUGCUGCACUUUCUUCUUCUACCUCCUCCUCAUCAUCCUCAUCCUCCUCCUCCUCAUCGGCCUCACCGGCACCGCCUUCUACCUCAUCUACCGCCCCCACCGCCCCACCUUCACCGUCACAUCUCUCAAACUUUCCUACCUCAACCUCACAUCCUCCUCAUCUCUCAACUCAAAGUUCAACGUCAACAUCACCGCUAAAAACCCCAACAAAGCCAUCACCUUCGUUUACCAACCCACCUCAGUUCAAAUCCUCUCCAACGAUAUCGACGUCGGAAAAACAACAAUCCCCUCUUUCAAACACGGCAAGAAGAACACCACUUUGCUAAAAGCUUCCAUUUUAAGCAAAGGAGAGCCACUAGAAACCGACGCAGCAUCAGAAUUGAAGAAGAACAUGAAGAGCAAAAACGGGUUACCGUUGAAAGUGAAACUAGACACGAAAGUGAAGGCUAAAUUGGGAAAAUUGAAGACUCCAAACGUCAGAAUUAGAGUCUCUUGCGACGGAAUCAGAGUCCAUGUUCCCACCGGUAAGAAACCGGUGGCGGUAACGGCGUCAACGUCGAAAGUUAAGUGUGAAGUUGACGUGAGAUUUAAGAUCUGGAAAUGGACCGUUUAAUUGAUGAAGUAAAGAAACCCAUGUGGAAGAAGAACACAUGACAGUAUCUUAGUCAAUAGAGGUGUGUUUUUGUGUUUUGUUUUUUUUUUGUUUUUUAUUUUUUAUUUUUAAUUUAAUUAUUUUCUGAUAUUUAUUUUGGUAUAAUUUGUUCAUAAUUCAUAUUCAUAAUUAUUACAUAAACGCUUGUAAAUGGCGACAAAAAGACUACUUGAGUUUCAGUGGGUGACAGUUGUAUGCUAGUCUAUUUUUCUUUAGAAAUAUAUUUUUGUAUUAUUUUUUUCUUUCUAAUUUGUGAAUUUUAGUUUGGUGCGUUAAAUAAUGCCAAAUUGAUUCAUAGAAAUACAAUAAUGUCGAAUAGAAUAUUUACA